CAUGGAGUCCCCGCCCACCCGGGCUGCCCUGUCUGUUUUCCUAAACCCACUGUGUGGUUCCUCCUCCCAACCUGUCCGCAGUCCCGUCCGUCCGUUCAGCGCAGCUUGGAACCGUCCACAGCAACAUGCAGGAUGGCGAGCGUGGAGACAGCAGCCGAACACGAACGCAUCCUGCGGGAAAUCGAGAGCACGGACACCAACUGCAUCGGACCGACACUCCGGUCGGUGUACGACGGUCAGGAGCAUGGCCUCUUCAUGGAGAAGCUCGACGCCCGGAUCAGGAACCACGACAGAGAGAUUGAGAAGAUGUGCAACCAUCACUUCCAGGGUUUCGUCGACUCCAUUACUGAGCUGCUCAAAGUUCGAGGAGAGGCCCAGAAGCUGAAGAGUCAGGUGAUUGAAACCAACGUACGACUUCAGGAAGAUGGGAAAGUGCUCAUCGGCUCCAUGGAGGAGCUGAAACAGUGCCGAGUGCAGCAGAGGAACAUCGCCACCACCGUAGACAAGCUGGCUCACUGCCUGCCAGUUCUGGAGAUGUACAGCCGACUGCAGGAGCAGAUGAGAGCCAAAAGGUACUACCCUGCGUUACGGACUUUGGAGCAGCUAGAACACACAUGUCUUCCCAGAGCAGGCCAGUACCGGUUCUGCUCCAUCAUGGCUGAGAACAUCCCCAAGCUGAGGAUGCACAUCCGGGAGACGGCCAUGACGCAGCUGCGAGACUUCCUGGAGAGCAUCCGCAAACACUCGGACAAGAUCGGAGAGACGGCCAUCAAACAGGCUCAGCUGCAGCGCUCGCUGGACAGCGCCGUCACCCUGCAGCCCAGGGCUCUGAUUGGCCGGCGCGGCAGGAAGGAGGCGGCGGUGGUAACUGAGAGCAGCGGAGAGGGCGGCAGCCCCCUGUCUGAGCAGGACUCUGGCAUUCUGGACGUGGAGGAUGAAGAGGAGGAAGAUGUCCCAGGAGCUCAGGACCUGGUGGAUUUCUCCCCCGUCUACCGCUGCCUCCACAUCUACACUGUGCUGGGUUUGCGUGAUGUGUUUGAGAACUACUACAGAAAGCAGAGGAGGAAACAGGCUCGCCUCGUACUGCAGCCGCACUCUAACAUGCAUGAAACCCUGGAGGGAUACAGGAGGUACUUCAAUCAGAUUGUUGGCUUCUUCGUCGUGGAGGACCACAUCCUUCACACCACCCAGGGGUUGGUCAACAGAGCCUACGUGGAGGAGCUCUGGGAGCUGGCUUUGUCCAAAAUCGUCGCUGCCUUGAGGACGCACUCUUCGUACUGUGACGACCCGGACCUGGUUCUGGACCUGAAGAACCUCAUCGUCCUGUUUGCCGACACUCUGCAGGGUUAUGGUUUCCCCGUGUCCCAGCUGUUUGACAUGCUCCUGGAAAUGCGGGAGCAGUACGGAGAAAUCCUGCUGAAGAGGUGGAACCUCACCUUCAGGCAGAUUCUGGACCAGGACAACUUCAGUCCAAUCCCGGUUUCUACAGAGCAGGAAUACAGACAGUACACUUCUCAGUUUCCCCUCCAAGACCCGGAACUGGAAAAGCUUUCCUUCCCCAAGAAGCUUCCCUUCUCCGAGUUUGUGCCAAAAGCCUACUGCCAGCUGAAAGAGUUCAUCUAUGCUUGCCUGAAAUACUCCGAGGAUCUUCAUCUCAGUUCCACGGAGAUCGACGACAUGAUCCGCAAGUCGACGAAUCUGCUGUUGACCAGAACCCUCAGUAACUGCCUUCAGUACGCCAUCAAGAAGAAGAAUGUGGGCCUGGCAGAGUUGGUGCAGGUGAUCAUCAACACCACCCACCUGGAGCAGAGCUGCCACUUCCUGGAGGAGUUCAUAACCAACAUAACAAACGUCCCGCCUGAGACGGCGAACGCCACCAAGCUGUACGGGACCGCAACGUUUAAGGACGCCCGCCAUGCAGCGGAGGCGGAGAUCUACACCAGCCUGAACGCCAAGAUCGACCAGUUCCUGCAGCUGGCGGAUUACGACUGGAUGUCUGCGGCGCAGAGCAGCGGCGGUCUGACCACCAGCGACUACCUGAUCGACCUCAUCACGUUUCUGAGGAGCACGUUCAGCGUCUUCACCAACCUGCCGGAAACGCCUGUAGAGCACGCCACCUUACCGGGGAAAGUCGCCCAGACGGCCUGCAUGUCGGCCUGCAAGCACAUCUCCACCUCCCUGAUGCAGCUGCUGCUCGACCCAGAGGUCCGGCAGAUCUCCAUCGGGGCUCUGCACCAGCUCAACGUCGACCUCAAGGAGUGCGAGAGUUUUGCCAGAGCCGGCCCGGUCGCAGGCUUCCAGGGUGACACGUUGCUUCUGGCCUUCAGUGACUUGAGACAAUUACUGGACCUUUUCACCCAGUGGGACUGGUCCACUUACCUGGCUGACUACGGGAAGUCCACCUGCAAAUACCUGAGAGUCAACCCACACACUGCGCUGGCCCUGCUGGAGAAGAUGAAGGAGACGAGCAGGAAGAAUGUCGUCCUCGCCCAGUUCAAGAAGGCGGACAGAGACCGACAGAAGCUCAUCGACGCCGUCAUCAAACAGCUACGCAACCUCAUCGCGCAGCAUCACGCCUAAACGGAGCCUCCUGAUUGGUCAGGAGCGCCUUCCAUCAGCCAAAAAUCAGAACUAGCGCCGCGAUUUUGGUUUUCGUUUCCAUUCGAUCUCCUGCUCUUUAGUUGCUAACCAAGCUGCCGUCAGUUAGCAAAUCCUUGUAGAAAGCUACUGAGCCUUUAUUUUGGUGGAGAAGCAGCAGAUUAAUGAGCCGAAUCUAAAGGUGCUGCUCCUGAACGUCAUUCAUGCUGUCAGGUUUGACUUAUUCCUCCAUAUGGUGCCAGAUGUACGGAAGCCCUGAAAGGCCAAACAAGAAAAUAAAACAUUUUCAAAGUCUGACCAAAUUUUGGACUUCUCUCAACUUCAGAGGUCAAGACAAAAGUAAAACUAAGAUUUUUUUUGUCAAAUUGGAGGAUAAAAAAAUUUUUAAAAUUGAAAAUAUUUCAUUCUACAUGGUUUGUUGUACUUUCACGACUUUUAAGGUCAAUAAAAAACAAAAAUUUGGUCAAACUUAGUUAAAAACAAUUCUCAUUUGGCCUUUCAGGACUCAUGGCUCAUUGAGUAAGACGUUUCCAUGGAAACGGUUCAUAAGGAAUCCAUGAACACCAAAUUUAGCCUGAGACUCUUCCAUUUUUCCCGACUGAAUAGGUUGGUUUAAGAAGCGACUUUUAUUGUCUUCCACUUCGCUCGUCUUCGUUUCCUGUAGCACAACGAUGAAGCACGUUGAAUGUACGUCUGAGAGAUUAUUCUGCCGUUUGUGAUGUCAUGUUAGGUUGCUGAAAACUUAGAAAAGCACUGAAAUAAAGUUUAAAAAAAGCAAAGUAAAUACAGAAUGUUACUGCAAUAUUUUCUUAAAGGGAUAUAGUCAUAUUAAAUAAAAAAAGACACCCACUGGUUGUUGGAUCAAAAUUUACAAAUGGUCUAACAUUCAAAUGCAAACAUCAGUUUAAAAAAAACACAAAUGGAACCAAAAUGGAAAUGUUUUGUGAAACUAAGUACACCUUUGGGUGUGUUUUCUUUUUAACAUGACUGUAGUUUGGAUUCUGCGAAGUGGGGUUGAAUGAAAAGCCUUGAAACAUUAGCUUAGAGGGGGAAAAAUAAACAUUUAAGGAAUAUUUGGGUUCUGUGGCCUAAGUAUGAGCAGUCACUAUCUUCCCAGGCUUCAGUCUCAGUGAUCCUGGAUUGGAAAACAGUUCCUAGUUUAUUGAAUAUUG